ACGCUGACUCGCCACUCCCACAAGGCGGCUACGUGCGCGUCACUGCGCUUACGUGUAGUCGCGACGCCAGUCUCGCGGGAUGAGAUUUGCAGCGUUUGGAUUUUCUGUAAGACAGGAGGGUAGGACCCGCAGUUAACAGUUUUGCGGCAGGUGAGAAAAAAAGACGCCUUUCAAAAUCUGAAGUGUACAUGUUCUGAUUGGUGAAGCAUGUGGAUGGUAAGGAAGAGAUCCCCUUUAAUUUACUGCUAUUGACGCAAGAUUGGAUCUCAAAUGAUGAACCCUUUCUGGAACAUGCCAUCUGCUUCUGUUCGCAAGAGAUCUGACAAUGAUGAGAAGAUUGCGACAGCAGACCAAAAGAUAAGCCCGGCCCGUUCAUCUUCUGCCAAGAAACAGCUUCCUUCUAUACCCAAGAAUGCAGUUCCUAUCACAAAGCCCAUAUCCCCGCCCCUAUCCGUACAGUCCACUAAUGGGACCCACGCAUCCUAUGGUCCUUUUUAUCUGGAGUACUCCCUUCUAGCAGAAUUCACAUUGGUGGUAAAACAGAAGUUGCCUGGUGUUUAUGUGCAGCCUUCAUAUAGCUCAGCAUUAAUGUGGUUUGGCGUAAUAUUUAUAAGACACGGACUUUACCAGGAUGGUGUAUUUAAAUUCACAGUUUAUAUUCCUGAUAACUACCCUGAUGGCGAAUGUCCGCGGCUCGUAUUUGAUAUCCCAGUGUUCCAUCCAUUAGUUGAUCCAAUUUCGGGAGAGCUGGAUGUUAAACGCGCAUUUACAAAAUGGAGGAGAAACCAUAAUCACAUAUGGCAAGUGCUGAUGUAUGCACGCAGAAUAUUCUACAAAAUAGACACUACCAGUCCACUGAAUCCAGAAGCUGCUGUAUUAUAUGAGAAGGAUGUUCAGCUGUUCAAGAGCAAGGUGGUAGACAGUGUAAAACUAUGCAACAGUCACUUGUUUGACAAGCCUAAAAUAGAGGAUCCCUACGCAAUUAUUUUCUCUCCCUGGAACCCAGUACUGCACGAUGAUGCCAGAGAAAGAAUGUUGGCACAAAAAAAGAAGUCAGAAGAACAAAGCAGAGGUCUCCAUGUCUCUGGCCUGUCUUGGGUGAAGCCUGGCUCUGUUUUACCCUUCAGCAAAGAGGAGAAUUCAUUGCAGACCUAGUGAUCUCGGGAACAGUAGCCCAGCAGUUAUGGGCUUAGUUAAUGACUAGUACUGGCACUUACUUUAUGGUGGAGCGAGUACCUCGCAGACUCUCAAGAUUUGGCUUUUUUUCCCCCCAUAAAGUUGGAUUUUUACCAUGAAUUUGCAUUUUAACGCCUGAAAAUGUAGGAUUUUUUUGUUUUUGAUUUUAAAAUUCCUUUACUGAUGAUGCAACGCUUCCAUACAUCAGACAUGUCGAAAAGCGAGUUAUUUUAGUAGCGGAGCAUGGCCACUCUCCUUCCCUCAUACUACUAUUGUAGUGUCGUGUUUGGCUUCGCUUGUGACUUCUGCGCUAGGAAGCCCGUGUGACUGACGCAAUCAAAAGACGCUAAAUCAGAGGCGGGGCCGGGAGUACAAAGGAAAGUGGAGAAGCUAUGCUCAUUAUACACUAAAUAAGAUCUGUAGUAUUUAACAGUUUUAAAUGUUUUUUUUUUUUUUUUGUAAAUAUGGUUAGUAUAAAUAAUUUGUAUAUAUCUUGUUUGAUAAUUCCACAUCUCGCACUUUGUGGGGAAUCGGGGAGGUUAUGGUUUUGAAACUGUGUUCUUAAGAUACUCUGGCACUUUUACCCCUGUAGGGAACCACUGUUAAACUCUACAGUUGGUAAGUGUUAAAGGAGCAGACACGCUAUUUUUUUUGUCACUGAAGCACCCAUCAGUCUUAAUAGAAAACAAACAUUGAUAAACUAUUUUUUUUUUUUAAUGAUCACUUCCUCCAAACUGUGUUUUUUAUUUGGUCACAGCUAAUAAAAUGACUCCACUGACCAUA